AAUAUAUCACCCAAAAUGAAGUUCACUCUUUUCUGUGUUGCUCUGGCUGCUCUUAUGUCCAUGGGACAGUGUAAUCCGGACUUUCGCCAAAUAAUGCAGCAGUGCAUGGAGACGAACCAAGUGACGGAGGCCGAUCUCAAGGAGUUCAUGGCCAGCGGGAUGCAGAGCAAUGCCAAGGAGAACCUCAAGUGCUACACCAAGUGCCUGAUGGAGAAGCAGGGCCACCUCAUCAACGGCCAGUUCAAUGCCCAGGCGAUGCUCGACACCCUCAAGAAUGUGCCCCAGAUCAAGGACAAAAUGGACGAGAUUGCCUCGGGAGUGAAUGCCUGCAAGGACAUCAAGGGCAGCAACGAUUGCGACACCGCCUUCAAGGUGACCAUGUGCCUGAAGGAGCACAAGGCCAUUCCCGGACAUCACUAAUGCCCGUUCGCAAUGUUUUUCGGUUCCAAAACGUUGCUUAGUUGCAUUUUGUUAAAUAAACUUCAAGUUCAAGUUUAAGCAAAGUUUAUUUGUAGAAAUAAGACCAGAAAGAACUACCUUUCAUGUCUUUUAACCUUCGAAGUCGAUGUAAAAAUCUUAAAA